AUGUUGGUCGAUGUGCAAGCAAGAGGAACAGAAGAUGCACUGUACAGGUGUACAGAGAUGCAAAUGCUGAGGUGGGCUGGAGUGGUGACCCUGAUGGACAAGGCUCGGAAUGAAUACAUCCGUGGCACAUUCAAGGUUGCACCAAUACAGGCGAAGAUGUGCGAGAGUCGACUUGGAUGGUUUGGCCAUGUGAUGCGCAGAGACAAUGACCACAUUACUAAAAGGGCGAUAAUUAGCACUGCUAAGGGUAAAAGAGGCCGUGGUCGCCCCCCUACGACUUGGGCAAGCACAAUAUGUAGAGAUAUGAAGACGAUUGGCGUAAACCUGGAAGUGACAAAAGACAGAAGAAUGGCGCAAAUUGAUUUGGAGAGCCGACCCUAA